AUGGUUUUAGUUCAAGAUUUGUUGCACCCAAGCCCAGCCUCCGAGGCCCAAAAACACAAGAAGAAGACUUUAGUCCAAGCUCCAAGAUCUUACUUUAUGGACGUUAAGUGUCAAGGAUGUUUGAACAUCACCACAGUUUUCUCCCACGCUCAAACUGCUGUCACUUGUGAAAACUGUUCCACUGUAUUGUGUACUCCUACCGGUGGUAAGGCCAAGUUGACUGAAGGUUCUUCCUUCAGAAGAAAGUAG